UCACCUAAGUUCAUUAACAUCAAAAUGGCACCCACAACGCCAACCACCCCCAAGGCCAAGCCUGCCAAGCCUGCAAAGGGAGGGAUCACGAAGCGGACUCCUACCAAGGCCUCCCCUGUCAAGGCGACCCCUAACAAGUCUGGCCCCGGCGCCCCUCUUGACAAGGACCUAAUGUUCUUGUGGAACUGUGUCCGAAUGUCCACCGGCAUGAAGAUUGACUGGGCUGCCGUCUCCAAAAAUGCGGGAAAGCCCAUUGGUACCGUCCAAAAGCAGUACUGGCGACUUAAUACCAGAAUUGAGAAGUACAUCGCCGCCACUAACCCCGCUGACGCUCCUGCGGAUGCAUCCGACGACAUCAACGACGCCAAUGAGAAGGGUGUCCAGACCGCUCAGUCGAACAAAACUGAGUAA